AUGCAUCGCCUGCGUGUCUCAAUGUUGGUCUGCUUCAUACUCCUGGGAUUCCUCCGUUUCACAGGAGCAGAAGAGACAGAGACUGCCACAAAGGAAGGCAAAGGCAGGGAAAAACGUGAAAUGCCCAACUGGGCCCUGUGGUCGUCAGACUUCACAGGCUGGUUGCAGGAGCUGACUGCCCAGGCUGGUUACGACCGGAUCCAGGACCUGGCCAGAACCUACUGGGCCCACUUCCCUAUUGCCAGUUACCUAGGUUACGACAGCCCCGACGAAGACCCAGAAGAAUCUAAGGGGGUACCGGAAUGA